CACAGCGCAUCCCUGGGGUCGGGACGUUCACUGGGAGGUGCCAGUGGUGGCGGGGACAGGACAUGCCGGGUGGAGGCCGGCGGGUGGACAGAGGUGAGGAAGCGGGGCCCUCCCUGCGGGGGGGUCUUCGGGCUUGUCUUGCAUGCGGCCAUCCUGGGUCCAGCCCUGCCGUUAUGUGUGUGACCCUGUGUACGAGGCCAGGAGGAAAUCCUGAGCACCCCAGGGUGACCACAAAGAAAACACAGACUCCGGGAUACAAAGGGGUGCUGUGUCGCCGGCGGUUUGGACUUGGUCCUGACGGGGAGCUGUCCGCCCUCGCCCUGCCCAGCACAUGGAGGUUGGGACGGGCUGGGGUGGGGACUGCCAGGCCUGUAGGACCUAGGACAGUGGUCGAGGUUGUGGUCGAGGUUGGACGGGGCUUCCAGCUGGAGGGGUCCACACACGGUUUUGUGGCACUUUGUGGGAAAGGUAAAGAGAGGCUUCUAGAAUCUCAGGGCUAGGACGAAUGGAGACGUUACUGAAAGGUUGCGUGACUGGGCUUUCUUUGGGCGCCAGGUAGAGCUGAUCCUUGGCUGGAGGGCGCCGGGGCGGGGCAGAGCCUCUGUCGGACCUGCCGUGUGUGGAUCCGAGGAAGACAAUUCUCUCAUUCGGGCUCCAGGCACAGGGAGGGUGUGUGGAGGCCACGUUGGCUGUCACCAUGUGUCACUGCACAGCUUGUGUGCCUGUCUAAGCUGCCCCUUAUGGGCAGCUUUAGACUCUCAUCUCUCCUUCCAGUGUUGGUCUUUUGAGGGUGGAGGGCGUUGGGCCAUACCCAGCGGUGCUCAGGGGCCACUCUUGGUGGGCUCGGGGGACCCUGUGUGGUGCCGGGGGAUUAAACCUGGGUUGGCUGUGUGCAGGGGCAGCUCCCUCCCUGCCUCUGAAUUAUCAGCCGGGGUCCCUGUUUGUCUCAAUCAGUGAGAGUUGAUGCAUGCUUGGGACCUGUCGCAGGUCGGGGGCCAUGCUGGGACCACUGGCACCAUGGCUCAGUGCUCCCUGCUGGUGGUGGCAGUUCCUGGGAUAGACCAGAGCUGCAGGUGGAGCAGGGAGAUGGGGGAGAGUGGCGCCCCCGCCAGCCCUGGUCCUCCAGGAAGAAUCUGACUCAAGACCCUCAGCAGGUGACCUCCAGCCUUGUCCCCUGGCAUGGGGCAAGGACAGCGACUGACCUGGACCCCUGCCUCCUGAGAGGGCUGCAAGGGUACAUGGAGUGCCGGGAGGUGCCUUCCAGCAGGCACCAGAGGGUGGGGUAGAGAAAUGCUCGGAAAUGCGGCUGCCCAGUCUGUUACCUGCCUAGUGUCUGAGACUGGCCCAUCCCCUCUCUCGCCCCGGCAACUCUGAACACGCAGCCCUGCUGGGGGCUGGGGAGAAGCAACAGAAACAAAGAACCCACCGAGCCAAGAGUACCUGGGGGAGCAGCAGGAAGGUCCUUGAGUCGGGCGUCAUGCUGCACCCCUCCUGCUGCAUGUGGCCUCGGACUCGGAGAUCAGAUGUCCCUCGGUGCUGCCCUGCCGCUGCCCCAGACAUGGCCGCAUCCCGAGGCGUCGUCUGUAGACCCUGAGUGGUUCCCCCUGGCGUGUCUCUGCAUGAAGCUGGACUGAGGGGCUGCAGCGCCCGCCCCCGCCCUGGCAGGAUGAGCAAAGCACGGCCCUUGCGCCUGUGGCUGGCCGUGGGGUUUGUGUUCAUGGUCCUGCUGAUCAUCGUGUAUUGGGACAACGUGGGCACGGCCCACUUCUACCUGCACGUGGCCAUCUCCAGGCCGCACCCGCCGGGGCCGCUCCCCACCCCCAGCCCGGGCCCCCAGAAGGAGCCCCCGGAUAGCCGGGACGCGGUCCUCAAGAGGCUCUUCGGUGCUGGCACCGAGCCAGGCGGCCUGCCCAGCGGGAACCCAGAGCCGCGGCCUGCAGCCCCAGGGAGCAACGCCGAGGAGAGUGUGCGGGGCUAUGACUGGUCCCCGCACGCCGCCGCCCAGCAGCCCGCUGCCGCCGCUGGGGAGCGGCAGGCCCGGCGCAGGAGCAUGCUGCGCGACUUCUGCGCCAACGCCAGCCUGGCCUUCCCUGCCAAGGAGCGCUCCUUCGACGACAUCCCCAGCUACGAGCUGAACCACCUCAUCGUGGACGACCGCCACGGCGUCAUCUACUGCUACGUGCCCAAGGUGGCCUGCACCAACUGGAAGCGCGUCAUGAUCGUGCUCAGCGGGAGCCCGCUGGACGCCGGCGCGCCCUUCCACGACCCGCUGGCCAUCCCGCAUGCGCUGGUGCACAACGCCAGCGUGCACCUGACCUUCAGCAAGUUCUGGCGCCGCUACGGGCCCCUGUCGCGCCGCCUCAUGAAGCUCCGGCUGCGCACGUACACCAAGUUCCUCUUCGUUCGCGACCCCUUCGUGCGCCUCAUCUCCGCCUUCCGCAGCAAGUUCGAGCUGGAGAACGAGGAGUUCUACCGCCGCUUCGCCGUGCCCAUGCUUCGCCGCUACUCCAACCACAGCCGCCCGCCCGCCUCCGCGCAUGAGGCCUUCAGCGCCGGCCUGCGUGUGUCCUUCGCCAACUUCAUCCAGUACCUGCUGGACCCGCACACUGAGCAGCUGGGGCCCUUCAACGAGCACUGGCGGCAGGUGCACCGCCUCUGCCACCCCUGCCAGAUCGACUACGACUUCGUGGGCAAGCUGGAGACGCUGGACCAGGACGCGGCACAGCUGCUGCGGCUGCUCAAGGUGGACCAGCGCCUGCGCUUCCCGCCCAGCUACCGCAACCGGACGGCCAGCAGCUGGGAGGAGGGCUGGUUCGCGUCUAUCCCGUUGGCCUGGCGGCGGCAGCUGUACCAGCUGUACGAGGCCGACUUUGUUCUCUUCGGCUACCCCAAGCCCGAGAACCUGCUCCGAGACUGAGGCGGCGGGGAGCGGGGGACACUGCCAUCAUCCCGGGGCCCCUCUGGUCCUGCCCCCCGCCAGGUGGCUUUAUUAAAGCUGUUCUGACCACAGG